UGUUCCCGACAUAGACCAGGCAAUGUAUGUUGAUUGGAUCCAGAUUGAAAAGUCAUGCAGUGAACGAAGUUUAUUCCCUCUUACCCUGGAAAGUUUCAGAUUCUGCUGUAAAUUCGUUUUUAAUCACAAAUAGAACAACAGACGGGACUUUUGGCAGUUUGGCUUGCGGCAGGUUUGCUGAGGGUUGCGUUUUGGAAGUUUGAAGUCUCCCACAUGUUUGAGCGAUAGUAGAUAGUGGCGAUAUUGAUUCUUGGAGCGGCUCGUUGGGUCGAUAAAAGGGGAGGGGGUUACAGCAGCCGCCCCCCUACUUUUUUUGUGAAGUUGGCGCGUCCCCCAGCUCCGACCACCCAACCGAUACAGUUCCACUCCAGCGCAGAAAGCCCGGACUUUGGGGAACGGGGGAGGAGUACCGUCUGGAGAGGGAGAGGGGUGUAGCGUUGGGAAUCGUGUCUGUCCCUUUGUCAUGCAAAAUAUCUCGAAGUGAGGAGAGACCGUCCAUCAUAGCGGAGCGAUCUGAAAGGGACGGCAAACAAAGGAUACACUCUGUGUUUGGGUAAAUCACAUUUCUUCCGCUUCAACCACCCGGAGGAGGCCAGUCUGAUGAAGAGCAUGCUGCCCCAGAAGAGUGCAGCACCGCUGGGCUACAGCUCAGACGGUGCAAAGCUGGAGCACUCUAACGGCAGCACCGUUGUGGGCCCCACCAGCGCUCGCAGCACGCGCUCCAAAGCAGAGCUCCAGGAGCUGCUGGACAGCCUGCAGCGCCGCAAGUACGCCCUGGAGGCCAGCCUCCGCGCCAGCCUGUCCCCGCCCCCGAGCCCAUCCAAUCACGGCCCCCUGCUGCAGGAGCGCCCGCCCCUCUCCAUACGAGUCCCCUCCUACACCCCGGGCAGCAGCAGCCUCAGCAUGCCGCCCUCCCCAAUCGGCCACACCCACUCCCGGACGCGCCACCAAUCGCAGGACAGCUUGCUGAUGUGCGGCGAUGGGCGUCGGCCGCAGACCGCCGGCUCUCUGCUCUCCAUGUGGACACCGAGCUCUGGGUCGUCGUCUUAUGGAGGUGUGGAGGGGCUGCCCCUGCCUCGACGGGGCCCGAGUGGGGCGUCCAGCAUGCCCUCCUCCCCGCGCCUCGGCCGACGCCUCCUCUCCUCCUCCCGUGACAACGACAACGUUGCCGUUGGCGACCCAUCUCCACGUCAGAGGAAGUACUCCACAGGCUCGCUGAACGGGCUGGGCGGCCCCCACAGCCGCUCGCUCCCACGACUCUACCGUCUCGAUGGGGGGGCCCCUCACCCGCCGGCACUCUCACUGCCCCCCCCUCGCCGGUCGGCGCGCCCCCGCCGCAGCAUGCCCUCGCUGGAGAGGCCGCCAGACGUCACGGUGACUGCCAGCGUCCCCAGCAGCCCCCGGCGCUCCAGCAUCUCCUCGGUCGGGUCGGCACCGAGUCUGGACCUGGGCAUCGGGGAGAGGAGAGCCUCGUUCGGGAAGGGAGGGGUGGGGGUCGGAGGUCAGGGGAUGGGACAGAGGAGAGGGUCCAUCAGUUCCCUGAGCGGCAAGGAGGAGCUGAGAGACUAUCAUCAGAGACAGAGAGAUGAGAGGCUGAGAGAGCAGGUGGUGGAGAGAUUGGAGAGACAGCGCCUUGAGACCAUCCUCAACCUAUGUUCAGGGUUGGGCGGGGCCACUGAGCACGAUGCUCCCAACGUCUCCGCGGUGACGGACCUGGAGAAGAUCACCCGCGAGCUGGAGAAGCUGCAGGUGUCCGACGACGAGUCCGUGUUCUCCGACACACCCGCGGGUUCUGCAGCCGGUUCCGUUGCCGGGGUGACGAUGGAGAACGGCUUCGCAGCGAAGAGCUCACGUGGCGGGCAGACGCAAGUGCGACUGCGGAGGCACAGCGGGCAGCACAGGGACCCACGGACACACAAGCAGGCGCCAGAAAACAUGCAGCUGAAACAGGAAGUGACGCGCAUCGAGGAGGAGCGCAUCCAGGUGCUGAACAACAUCGAGGAGCUGGAGCAGAAGGUCAAAGACCUGGACAACCAGAUGGAGGAGUCCAUCAGAGAGAUGGAGGUGGAGAAGGCACUGUUAGAGGGCGAGCAGGACUCUGAGAUGGCUCAGCUGCAGCGGGAGCGAGAGUUCCUGGAGAAACUCAACGAGAAAAUGGCCGCCAUAGAGAAGAACAACGCGGACGGAAAAACUCAGGGUAGAGCACUGCUGGAGUCUGAGAGGGGGAGAGUGGAGCGCUUGGCUGAGCAGCUCUCAGAGCAGCGUGGUCAGCUGGACUCCUGUCCUGAAGCUCUCAAGGAGCAGCUGCAGCUACAGCUCUCCAGGGAGUCUGAGGUGCUGGAGGCGGAGACUAAGCGCUUUGAGGAUCUGGAGUUCCGGCAGCUGGAGAAGGAGAGUCGCCAGGAUGAGGAGAAGGACACACACACACAGCAGCUUCUGAGAGAGACUGCAGAGUACCAGCGCAGCACAGUCACACGCAAGGAAAGGCUCCUGACACUGAAAAAGCAGUGGGCUCAGAUUAACCAGCAGGCUCAUAAGGAGAAGGAAACCUUCAUGAAGGAGAAGAACAACCUGCUCCUCAUGCUGCAGAGGGAGCGUGAAAAUCUAGCUGCUCUGGAGAGGAAGUACUCUGAGCUCACCGGUGGGCGGGCCUUCCCACUCAACCCUGUUUCCAUGAAGGAGCAUUUCCGCUCCCUGGAGGAGAGGAAGCGGAACGGUAAGGAGGUCAGUUCCCUCCUGAGUGACACACCCCCACGGAAGAGAGGCCACGCCCCCUAUAGUAGCUCAACUUUGGGACGCAGCCUCUCGCCUAAGUCUCACAGUCCUCUGUCUCAGAGCUCCAGUGUUGGAAGUAUUCUACAGCGAGGCCUCUUUUCACCUCGAGAGCUUGAGACACGCCGUCUGCUCAAAGCGGGUCAUGUGGGUCAGCUGUACAUGAGUGAGGACAGGCAGAGAAUAACGGACCUGUGCAGCCGGGCCGUCUCCGAGUCUAACGUCUACCUGGACCCCUACCAGUACCUGGACACCAGCGGCGGCCAGCCCUACGACAGCCUCAGCCUGGGCAGCUCAGACAGCCUGGACACCAGCAUCUCUGCCUGUUCCCCUGACAACAUCUCCAGUGCCAGUACAUCUAACAUGGCAAAGAUGGAGGAGAUGGAGCGACUGCUUCGUGAGGCCCAGGCUGAGAAAAACAGACUUCUGGAGCACAGGGAGCGAGAGAACGAGCAGCGUAAGCAGGCACUGGAUGAAGAGAGGAGGAGAAGAGAGGACCUGGAGAAACGACUGCAAGAGGAAACCAACAGACGACAGAAACUCAUCGAACGAGAGGUGAAACUACGUGAGAAACAAAGAUCCCAGUCUCGGCCCCUGACGCGCUACCUGCCGGUGCGCAAGGAUGACUUUGACCUGCGUGGGCACGUUGAGGCCGCUGGACAUCACCCUGACACCUGCUACCACCUGGCCGUCACCGACAAGACCUGCCGCGGCUUCCUGGUCAAGAUGGGCGGCAAGAUCAAGACCUGGAAGAAGCGCUGGUUUGUGUUCGACCGCAACAGGCGCACGCUGGCCUACUACGCAGAUAAACAUGAGACCAAGAUGAAGGGUGUGAUCUAUUUCCAGGCCAUAGAGGAGGUCUACUAUGAUCACCUAAAGAAUGCACACAAGAGCCCCAACCCCUCCUUGACGUUCAGUUUGAAGACUCAGGACCGCGUGUACUACAUGGUGGCCCCGUCAGCUGAGGCCAUGCGCAUCUGGAUGGACGUUAUCGUCACGGGAGCAGAGGGCUACACACACUUCCUGGUGUGACCUCACCGACCCCAUGCUCUCAUAACUAACAAAAUGACCAAAAAAAGGACCACUGACCAAAAGAGUGUUUCUCUCUCUCUCUUACUCUCUCUCUCUCUCUCUCUCUCUCUCUCUCUCUCUCUGUCUCUGUGUGU